CUUACCCUCUACGCUUCCUGCUGGAGCUCAGUACACACACAGCGGAACCGGCGUCAUAAAAAUAACUCAAGCGAGUAUAUAUCUGACACACAAUUUGUUUGUUUGUCAACUGGGAGUUCAGCGGCUCAAAAUAUCCUUAAUGGAGACCUCUGGCAACUCGAAUAAGAAGCAAAAACUGAGUAUUGCGCCUGAGAACUGGGGAAUGCAAAGAGCCACCAAUGUGACCUAUCAAGCCCAUCAUGUGAGCAGAAACAAACGUGGACAGGUUGUCGGGACCAGAGGAGGAUUUAGAGGCUGUACAGUGUGGCUUACAGGUUUGUCUGGUGCAGGUAAGACGACGGUCAGCAUGGCUUUGGAGGAGUACUUGGUUUGUCAUGGCAUCCCCUGCUACACUCUGGAUGGAGAUAACAUCAGGCAGGGCUUGAAUAAGAACCUGGGCUUCAGCCCUGAAGAUCGCGAGGAGAAUAUUCGCCGUAUCGCAGAGGUGGCAAAACUGUUUGCCGACGCUGGGCUUGUGUGUAUCGCCAGCUUCAUUUCUCCAUACAGCAGGGACCGUCUCAAUGCGAGGAAGAUCCACGAAGCCGCUGGACUUCCAUUCUUUGAAGUGUUUGUAGAUGCUCCUUUGGAUGUGUGUGAGCAGAGGGAUGUGAAGGGGCUUUAUAAGAGAGCUAGAGCUGGAGAAAUCCGAGGGUUCACAGGAAUAGACUCUGAGUAUGAGAAGCCCGAGGCUCCAGAACUGGUGCUAAAGACAGAUUCUUGUAGUGUGAACGAGUGCAUCCAGCAACUCCUGGACCUUCUGCAGGAGAGGGACAUUGUGCCAGUGGACGCGUCCUAUGAGGUGAAAGAGCUGUAUGUGCCUGAGAACAAGCUGGACUUGGCCAAAGCUGACGCAGAGACUCUUCCAGCAGUUGAGAUCAGCAAGGUGGACAUGCAGUGGGUUCAGGUGCUUGCUGAGGGUUGGGCCACUCCUCUGAACGGCUUCAUGAGAGAGAGAGAAUAUCUGCAGUGUCUUCACUUCAACUGUCUGCUUGAUGGUGGAGUUAUUAACCUGUCGGUGCCGGUGGUCCUGCCCAUCUCGAGUGAAGACAAGGAGCGUCUGGAUGGCUGCACCGCUUUUACGCUGCUAUAUGGCGGCCGGCGAGUCGCUAUCCUGCGGAACCCGGAGUUCUACGAGCACCGCAAGGAAGAGCGUUGCGCCCGGCAGUGGGGUACGACCUGCAAGGAUCACCCGUACAUCAAGAUGGUGAUGGAGAGUGGAGACUGGCUGGUCGGAGGAGAUCUCCAGGUGCUGGAUCGGAUCUACUGGAAUGACGGACUGGAUAGUUACAGGCUUACUCCCGCCGAACUCAAACAGAAGUUUAAAGAGAUGAAUGCAGAUGCAGUCUUUGCCUUCCAGCUGCGGAACCCAGUGCAUAAUGGGCAUGCGCUACUCAUGCAGGACACGCAGCGCCGUCUGAUUGAGCGUGGUUACCGCCGACCCAUGCUGCUGCUUCAUCCGCUAGGCGGCUGGACCAAAGAUGACGACGUACCGCUCGCCUGGCGCAUGAAACAGCAUGCUGCUGUGCUGGAGGAGGGACUGCUUGACCCCAACUCCACCAUAGUAGCCAUCUUCCCCUCACCGAUGAUGUAUGCCGGCCCAACAGAGGUGCAGUGGCAUUGCAGGGCCAGAAUGGUGGCUGGGGCCAAUUUCUACAUAGUGGGCCGUGACCCGGCAGGAAUGCCCCACCCAGACAACGGUAAAGACCUGUACGAACCCUCCCAUGGAGCGAAAGUUCUCACCAUGGCCCCUGGCCUCAUUUCACUGGAAAUCGUGCCUUUCAAAGUGGCAGCCUACAACAAAGUCAAGAAGGCCAUGGACUUUUAUGACCCCAAAAACCACCAGGACUAUGACUUCAUCUCAGGGACCCGCAUGAGGAGGAUGGCUCGUGAAGGCCAGAACCCCCCGGAAGGCUUCAUGGCGCCCAAAGCCUGGACUGUUCUUAAGGAGUACUACCAGUCAUUAGAGAAGGCCUAAACUGUUUUCCAGGUAGGGAGAGAGGUGGAUUCUGUUACAGUAAAAAAAGAGAAGAGGUUGAUGGUAAAUUAAAUUAAUUACAAACACAAAACACACACACAAUGAUCGAAAACUGGGACCACCAAAAGGACUCCUUGAACUAUUUUGGAAGCUACUUGUUCCUCACUGUCAGUUUCUCUGAGUCUUAUGAGCAUUUUAUAUGUUCUAUUUUAAAUAAAAUAAUGUGAAGUUACUUGUGAAAGAUACAUUUGAACUAUACAAUACUGUAAACAUAAAUGAAACCGUUUAUUAGUGGAUUAUGCACUCUCUAUUCUUGUACAUUUAAAGUUUUCCCCAUAAAUGCUGGAUAAGCAACAUGCAACACCCUUUGACAUUAAAGGGACAGUUCACCUCAAAAUUUAAAUUCUGUCAUUAUAUACUCACCUUCAUGUUGUUCCAAACCCAUUUGGCUUUUUUUAUUUUUUUAUUCCAUGAAACACAAAAGAUGAUGUCUUUUUGUAUGGAAAUGUAUGGAAAAUUAUGCAGUGAAAGUGGCCAGUGACUAAGGUUGUCAGUCCUUAUGAGAAAAGUAAUGCAUAUGGAUUUGGAACCACAUGAGGGUGAGUAAACGAUGACAGAAUUGUUGUUUUUGUGCGAACUAUCCCUUUAAUUUAAAAUUUGAAUAUUGCCCUACUUGCCUUAAUGAGUACGAAAAAUUUAACAAAAUGGUUUCCUUAAAUGUGUGCCUGAAUGUGAUGGUAUACUGUUGAUUGUGGCUUGCCCCAGGGGUUAUUUGUGGUAUGAUAUAGUCAGAAAAAAAUCCCAUCAUUUAUUCAAUGAUCUUGAAAAAUGUGCUGUGACAUCAGUAUUUUCUUCGUGUAAGUUUUAGUAACAAGUUGCUUUUAAAUCUGGACAAUCAGGAACUUGCUGGCUAGGAAGUCUAACACGGAUUGUCCCUUUUGAAGUCAUCAGCAUUAUUUAUAGCAUUUGCCUAGUCUGUAACAUUUCUAACCAUUUUGUUAUUUGUAUUUUGUUGAAUAGAGUUGUUUAGCCUUGUCUUUAAUAUAGGUGAUUUUAUUUUUUUUGUAUUUAUUUUCGGACUUUUUUGUGGUUAUUGUAUUAAAAUAGACUGUGUUGACAUGUUUUUCAGCUUACAAUUAGUAAUUUUCAUGUUUAUUUUUAACAGUAUUGUCUUCUAACUUUAUUGUUUCUAAUAAACCAUUCCAUCAGAAAAAUCUAAUUUAAAGGGAAAGUUCUGCCAAAAAUUAAACCAAAUUUCAAAAACUUCACUGGCUGAAAUGUUUAAAUUUUUUAAUUUAAAUUAAAUGUCAUGGGUCAAUUACUAAGUAAUCCAUUAUUGUGUAGAGGGGGGUCAAAAUGACAAUUUGAGCAAAACUACAGAUAAAUAAAUAACUUUAAAGCCUAUUCACACCAAAUUCGUGAUGAAUUUGCUAGAUCAACUGCUGACGAAAGUCCUGUUUACACCGAGACCGAAACUAAUAAAAUGAAACAGUUUCACCCCUGUACAGUAGGCGGCGCUGUUCUACAAAUGUUUAUUCUUCUGCAUGGAUGUUUAAACAUUCAACUGUCAAUGCAUGAUAUUAAUAUAUUUGCUGAAGUUAUGGCAGUUAUUUACCUAAUUUGGCAUAACUGUUUCAUUAUGUUCUGUCCAUGUUUUUUUUAAAUGCAUUUUAAGGAAUAUAGAAUCUGUAUUUUUUUGUGCGAUUGAGAUGAGGAAAAAGCGCUGUUGCAUACAUCCCGUGUCUUCUGUCUUUAUAUUUAUGCAUGUAUUUUGCUGCGAGUUUAUUCCAAACGAACUCCCAAACCCAGCUUCUCUUUUUUUAAUCCCUGGAUAAUAUAACACAAGGUACAGUGAUUUAAACACACAGGUAAUUAAAACAGGUAGCAUAAAAUAUUAUGCAUAACAUAAAAAAAUUAAUUUAAAAGAAGACAGCCUCAUGGUGUUUUCUUUCUUUAAUUACUGCAUAUUUGUAUUGAAUUCAGGGUUUCUUGUGCGUGGUGAGAAAGAAACACCGUUAAAGGAAUACUUUGUUUUAUUUUAUGCAAUAAAUAGAAGUGAAGUUCUGCAAUGCGUUUGUUUACACUCCUAGUAAAGUAAUGCAUGUAAAGAGUCAUUUUAUGUGAUAUUUUACUACAAGCUUAGUCUAAACAAAUUGCCGAACCUCUUUUUUUAAUGCCAGGACAAUAUAACAGGCACAGUAAUAUACAUAUUAAACAAUGUACAAUAAGUCAAAACACCAUGUACCUAUAAUAUGAGGAAUCGGCACUUGAAAUAAAUAUAAAAAAUGAAGAAUGUUUUUACAGCUUCUAUGUUAUUUAUUUACUGCAUUUUUGCAUUGAAUUCAGAAUUGUGCAGCAGCAGCAGCAACUCUGGAAACAUGACAAAAAGGUAAUUUCUUAUUGUCCAGUCAGUUUUCAUUGUAAUCCGAAGAAGAAAAAAAAAUCGGACUGCACAAAGGAUUUUCAGUGGACGGUUUGUCGGACCAAUGUGAAUAGCUCCAUGGAAAUCCAUUGUUCCUAUUCAUUAGCUUGUUUGGAAUGAACAUCCGCACCAAAAAUUUGGUUUUCGUGUGAAUAGGCCUUAAGAAAGGUGGCAGCGUCGAGUUAUUUUUACACAGAGAUAGGUAGGUCUAUUACUAAAAUCAGAUGAGUCCAAAAAUUGAAGGAAAAAACAAACAAACCAAAGUUGGAGUGCCUAUACUUCCAGACGUAUUAAAGAUCUCUUAAGAUCCUUUUAUAUUCUGGUUCUGAAUAAACUUUCCUUUUUGUAUAUUUUUAGUUUUAAGGCCUUUAUGGUGAAAUCCCAGAGAUAUGGGGCUCUCAAUGCAGCUCUACAUUUUACCCAUUUUCAGUGGUCGAAAACCAAAUGUGGGUCCCAUGUUAUGAAACUUGUUCUUCUAGUCCAUCGUCCACCUACGAAAGAAAAUCACAGGUUUGGAGGGGCAUUAGGGUAAGUAAAUAAUGAGGUGGUUUUAAUUUAUGGCUGAACUAUUCCUUUUUAAAAUCUCUCACACAAAAUGCACACAACAUGAAAAAAUCAAUGACACAAAAACAUCUCUGAUGGACUUCACAAAAUGGAUAAUAGUAAUCAUAAUUCAUAUUGCUCACAAUGUAAAUUUCCACAAGGUCAACUGAAUGUAUUAGGAAAUACGCCACCCUUCAAACUGUAUGCACAGAAACCCAGCUGGCGUCCAGAUGCAGUCACUCCUCUAUGAAAGGGGAACACCUAGGGUUAAUCUUCACUCUUUCAAGAACACCCUGCCCUCUCCUUUGAUUCCAGCUCGGAGAUAAAACGUCUAAAUGUGCCAGCAGUCAUGUUUUUCUCCCCUCUUCCGUCUGCCAGAUCUUGUUCAGUCUCUAGUCAUCAUUGAGUGGGGUCUUCAAAAUGGAUG